AUGGCUAAACGUCGUCUCGAAGAUGCUAUUGUUGCAUCUCGUGCCUUAAAUGUUGGAAUAAAAUUAAUUGAUAAUUUUAAAAGUGCUCAGUCAUUAUUUUCUACCGAUGUUCAUUUAAAUGGUGGUGUAUUUUCAUUACGCUUUAGUGAUGAUUUAGAUCUCGUUGGUAUUGGAUAUGGUGAUGGUUCAGUUCGUUUAUAUUCGGUUAUAAGUGGUAAACAAGUUUUGGAAUUUUUACCAUCAUCAUUGCCAAAAAUUGAACAUCUUCGACGAUUAAGUACGGAUUUACCGGUGAUGAGCUUAAAAUGGCAUCCACAACAAAGUGAUUUAUUAUACUCAGCCUGCACUGACGGUUCAAUUCGUUUGCAUAAUCGACAGACAAAUGAACUGAGCGUAAUUGCUUAUGAAUAUGAUAAUGAGUUAACAUCAAUGGAUUUUUCUGUGGAUGGAAAGUAUUUUGCAACAACGGGAAAGGAUGCCAAUAUACGUAUAUAUAACACAGAACACAAUAUCGUUUCACAUACGUAUAAUAAUACAAAGGUUGAUACACAAGUAGAACAAAUACGUAGAAGUAGUGGUACAGGGGAUGAAUUAUGUACAACUGGUCACUAUCAUCGUGCAUAUGCUGUUAAAUUUCAUCCUGAUCACACAAAUAUUUUGAUGACAGGUGGAUGGGAUAACAUUGUUAAAAUAUGGGAUAUUCGACAGAAAGAAUGUAUUAAUGAAGCAAUUGUUGGACCUCAUAUUUGUGGUGAAGUUGAUCUCAAAAUAAACGUGAGAGCCGUUGAUGGUUCGCGUGUGAAUAUUACCGAUAAGCUUGACAUAAAUCCAUUUUUUUAUCCAGGUAUUGAUGCGCGCGGUAAUGAUAUAUUAACGGCAUCAUGGGCACGUUCGAAUUCGUUGAAAAUCUAUGAUUUUCGUACAAUGGAUUUGUUGCAAACAUUGAAAGUUCAAGGUGCUGAUGAAAAAGGUGAAUAUAUGUAUUCGGCUCAAUUAUGUGAUAAUAACACGGUCAUAGCUGUGGGUAGUGGAACAAAUUCGUGCCAUGUAAUUAAUACUGUGAAUAAUAGUGAAUUAGUGCGAUUACCAUUAACAAAACCAAUCUAUGCUCUUGACUCGAUGCUUGGCGGACGAGUAUUUGUCUUUGGCGGAUUGGAUAAAUUUGUAAUCGCUCAUAUGAAAGAUAAUUAA